UCGGAAAAAUGGUGGCCAGCGCUCGAGUGCAGAAGCUGCUCCGACGAUAUAAACUAGCGAUUGCCGCCGCAUUAACUAUCCUUCUGAUCCAAGGGCUUGUGGUAUGGAGUCUGAGAAGUCUGGAAGAAGGCGAGGCAGAGAGAAAAAUAAGACAGUCUAAGCUGCCUGACCACGACAACCAGGACCCCAAGAAAGAGAACACACAUAAUUCAUUAUCAGGGAGAAACAAGGGGGGCGCAGGUGCCGGUGCACUGAAGAGAGGGAACAGCCGCCGCGGAGGGAAGCCCAACAUCAGGCUGAAGACUCCCCAGGAACGGGGGAUGGCAGGGGUUGGAGUUGAUGGCGUAGUCUCCCACGAUCUGUCCAGCAGCCGUAACCUCAGUGAGAUCCGCGGCGGUACAGACGGGGCAGGCAAGUUACCCGCUGCUGCCAUACCAGGAGAGCCAGGCAGCGUGGACGGGGCGCAUCAAGCUCCCAACAGUGACUUUGUGCCUAAAUGUGAUAUCAUAGGAAAGGACGCGCUGUCUGCCCUCCAUCGCGCCGCGUCACAGCAGUGCAGACAGGAGAUCGCCAACAUCGUGUGCCAGCAUCAGGCCGGGCAGCUCAUGCCAGAGUCACUUCCUCAGUUCUGCCCUCAGCUCGGUGUGUCACACCCAGUUCAGGCCGUUGGCGAGCUGGAAGACAGCCUGUCUGAGGUGGAGAAUCCAGUCAGGGUGGCUUUUGUUCUGAUGGUCCACGGUCGUGCUGUACGACAGCUCAAACGUCUCAUCAAAGCCAUAUAUCACCGUGACCACUAUUACUACAUCCAUGUGGACAAGCGGUCUGGCUACAUGCAUCGGGAAGUUCUGCAGAUCGCCCAGCAGUACCCAAAUGUGCGAGCCACGCCAUGGCGGAUGGUCACCAUCUGGGGAGGAGCCAGCCUUCUGAAAGCCUACCUACGCAGCAUGCAGGACCUGCUCUCCAUGCUGGACUGGAAUUGGGAUUUUUUCAUCAAUCUCAGUGCCACAGACUUUCCCACUAGGACCAAUGAUGAACUGGUGGCGUUCCUGUCGCUGCACAGAGAUAAGAACUUUCUCAAGUCCCACGGGAGAGAGAAUGCCCGGUUUAUUAAGAAGCAGGGCCUUGACCGUCUCUUCCACGAGUGUGACAACCACAUGUGGCGUCUAGGCGAACGCAACAUCCCAGAAGGCCUGGAGGUCUCAGGCGGCUCUGAUUGGUUUGCACUCACCCGCCGUUUUGUGGAGUACGUCAUCAACUCCCAGGAUGAGCUAGUGUCGGGGCUGAAGCAGUUCUAUUCUUACGCUCUGCUUCCUGCUGAGUCCUUCUUCCACACAGUGCUCGGGAACAGUCACAUGUGUGACACCCUGGUGGACAAUAACCUGCGGGUCACCAACUGGAACCGUAAGCUGGGCUGUAAAUGCCAGUACAAACACAUUGUUGACUGGUGUGGCUGCUCUCCCAAUGAUUUUAAACCACAAGACCUCAUUCGGAUCCAGCAAUUGACCCGUCCAACAUUCUUCGCCCGUAAGUUUGAGUCCUCAGUGAACCAGGAAGCCAUAGACAUCCUGGACACUCACCUGUAUGGCCAGUAUGCUCCGGGCACUGUUGCCAUCAAAGCAUAUUGGGAGAGCCUGUUUGAGCAGUUGGAUGGUGUCGGCUCUCUCAGUGACGUGGCUCUCACUGCGUACAUGUCUUUCUUUCGCCUGGGCAUGAAGAGUCUGGUGACUACUCAGAGCAACAUGGAGGCCUGCAGGUUUGAACCAGUAGGCCACCCUCUAUCUGUGCAUUUGUACUUUUACGAUGACCGUUUCCAAGGGUACCUGGUUCGCCAAGAAGUCCAGCUUGUGGGGUCAAAGGCCAGGGAGACUUUAGAGAUGUGGGCAGUGCCUCAGGCAACACUUGUCCUUGAGCCGAACCUUAAAGAAUUUGAAAGGCUCAAGAAUCUGGAAAUCGGUACAGAGUGGGAUCCCAAAGAAAGGAUCUUCCGUAACUUCGGUGGGGUGAUCGGCCCUUUGGAUGAACCACUGGCAGUCCAGAAGUGGGCACGCGGUCCAAAUCUCACCGCCACCAUUGUGUGGAUCGACCCGGCUCUAGUGGUGGCGGCGUCUUAUGACAUUACUGUGGAUUUAGAUGCCGAAUACACACACUACAAACCACCACUACAGCACCCCCUGCGGCCGGGCACCUGGACGGUACGAGUGUUAAAACAGUGGGAGCGCGUGGCAGAAGUUCGCUUUCUUGUCAUUCCGAUAGCUUUUAAUAAUAAGGAGCCACUACGCAAAGAAGAGGACAGCUGGCUUCAUGCAGGACCUCCAGGGAACUUGUACCUGGAGCAGAGCUUCCAGCAGCUGAGCUCUGUGCUGAAGCUGCCCCCCCAGGAACCUGCCAUGCAGGUGGCCCAGCGUAAUGCCCAAUUGGUGGGCCAGCCCCUUGAAGCAUGGGUGGACAGUGCUGUCGGAACUUUGUGGGUUAUCGGUGACCUGUGUGCCACACAGACUUCCUCCUGCCCAUCUUUGGGAUUGUGCUCCAAGACUGCCUGGAGCUCCCUGUCCCCAGACCCCAAGUCUGAACUGGGCCCAGUGAAAAGCGAUGGGCGGAUCAGGUAGCCCCAAGAGAGGAGCGACUGUAAACUUUAACCCAUGCACGCACAGGAAGACUCCAGAAAAACCCGAAACUUCUAGGAGAGCUGUGUGAGCCAGGACGUCUCUGAGGUCAGCUAAGCACUGAAGGGCACAUAAGCAAUGAUAAGGAAUCUUCCUCUUCCGAGGAGCGGCGUCUUUCUCAGUGACGCGACGAUACAGGCUUGAAAGACAAGAGCACGACUGCUGGAAAUUUGCACAUAGGAAACUGCAAGCGCACAGACUCGUAUCUUUGCUUGCUGAAUGGGUACAUGAACACCAGAUGUAACGUGUUUUUUAGCUGUCACACAGGUUUUCAGUCAUGAUCUGUCUGUGUUGGAGUUUAUUACGAACCCUCUGCACAUGUUCAGGUGCACAGUUUUCCUCUGCUUUGGAAGAAUCAGCAGGCUCCGCGCUGUGCUCCGUCUCCAUUUCAAGGGAGAAUUGAACCUGUGAAUCAUAUUACUGUGCUUAUUUUGAAGCAUUAUUAUGUAAGCAUUAAGGAACAGACAGAUGAAGUGCACUUUACUGUAAGACUUUGAUGUUACACAGAGGUUAAUAGGUUACAAUGUGAAGAGUAGAAAGUAAUGGUUAGGAUCAUGUCUUUUUUUUUUUGUUUUGUUUUUUUAACAGAAGAACAAACCUGCCACUCCCUGUUGCACAGACACAGAAAAUACCUGGACUGUAACUGGGCUGAGAUAAAGUAGUAAAGAGAGUAGGUAUUA